AUGUCGGCGCUGGACAUGCUGAUGAAGAUGCGGGCUGUCAGUGCAGCCCGCGGCCUUGCAGCCAUGGCGAACUCACCCCCGGCUCCACCAGCCCCGCCGACUCCUCCGGCCCCGCCUUCUCCGCCUGUUCCUCCAUCUCCGCCCGCACCUCCCGCUCCUCCGGCGCCACCCGUGCCCCCUUUCACUUACCCCUUCGAACCUGUGAACGACGACGAGGAGUUUCUUCGGGCGCAGGAGCCUGACUCGUCUUCGACCGAUGACGAGGGGGGCGACGAUGCCGCAGCGACCGAUGAAAACCUUCCUUUUCCUCUGCCCCAGUUCCCCACAGAUGUGCUGCGCGAUGUCAACCCUGCCGCGGUCGCACGUGAUUCUGUAACUCCCGAUUCCCGCAACAAGAUAAACCAGCACAAGCGACACGCCCGCACCAUGGCUGAGAAGAUGGGUUGGCUUCUGCGAAUGAAAGAUGAUAUCCUGACGGUGCGCGAAACUGCACGACUGGCCGGCGUUCAACCAGUCAGCAUCCGCCGCUGGAGGAAGGCGGCUGAUGAGAUGGCAGCGUCGGCUGGCAGUCGUCUGCGGCUUGCGGGAGACGGACGGCAGGCCCGCUACCCUGACAUGGAAACCUCCGUGUACAAGCAGUUCCUGAGCCACAGGUUUCGUCGGCGCUGGGGACUUACCGUGAGGGUGAAGACGAAGAUCGGGCAGCGGCUGACUAAAGCUCAAGUGGAGGUGCACGACGACGUGCACGCGGCGGGGGAUGUGGAGGAGUGGGUGAACCCCAUGUACGCCACUGCCCAGGAGGAGGAGGAGGAGGAGGAGGAGGAAGAGCGGGACGAGGAGGCACCGGUGGAGGAGGAGGACCCUAUGGAGGAGGUGGACGGCGUGGACAGUGAGGAGGAGUAG